AUGACGCCAGAUGAAGCUGAAAUACUUUUAAGCUCCAGUAUUCUGGAGAAAAAACUUAGGCAAGAAGCUCUGCUGUCUGAUGAGCAGGCGCAAGAGAUAGUGGCGAUGCUGUCGCCGCACGCGUUGCCUCACGAUAACGGUGUCUCGCUCAACGACAGCUACCAGUCCAUGCUCUCUUAUGAGAGCAUGCAGUCAGUGGACGAGAGCUACGAAUUCGUUUCACUGGAAGCGGACGCGGGCGCGGGAGGCGACGCGCGCGUUCAACCGGAACAAACCGAAGCGGAGAGACCGCUCGAAAGUACGAUACAGCAGAACGAAGCGGAGGCGGAACCGGAAUCGACGGAACCGGAUAAUGUUUUUGAAAGCUACCCGCCCCGGUCGCUCAGAGAACUGGCAGAGGAAAAUGGAAUUCACUACUUCGAAGAUGGACACUUUUAUACUGAAGUCGCUGGUCUCCCGCCAAUAGAAGAAGAUGAGGAUGAUGAUUACUACCCACCAGUAUUUGUGAAAAAGAGCAGUAGAGUUAAAUUUAGUACGAAUCCAAUGCAAGUAUUUUCAACCCACUCUGUCCGGGAAUACGAUCGCCGCAAUGAAGAUGUGGACCCGGUGGCUGCGUCUGCUGAAUACGAGCUGGAGAAGAGAGUGGAGAAGAUGCACGUUUUUCCGGUGGAUCUCGUUAAGGGUGCUGACGGACUUGGAUUGUCGAUUAUAGGUAUGGGAGUAGGCGCAGAUGCGGGUUUAGAGAAAUUGGGUAUUUUCGUAAAAACCAUCACUGAGAGUGGGGCCGCCGCAAGAGAUGGACGUAUACAGGUCAACGAUCAGAUUAUAGAGGUUGAUGGGAAGAGCUUGGUUGGUGUAACUCAAGCAUAUGCCGCAUCAGUCCUUCGAAACACAUCUGGGCCGGUGAAGUUCCUCAUCGGAAGAGAGAAGGAUCCGGAUAACAGUGAAGUGGCCCAUCUUAUUCGACAGUCUCUUGCUGCUGAUAGAGAAAGAGAGGAAAGAGCAAACCGUGAACGGCAGAGGAGACAAGCUGCUGAAGAAGAGGAUGCUCAUCCAACAACUGAAGUUGCGGCUUCUGUCCGACAUCCUGAUAUAUUACAGCUCAAGUCACUCGUUAAUGAGCUGAUAGGCAUGGAGGCCGGUGGAGGCAGCGGUGCGGAGAUAACAUGUCGGAUGCGAGAGUGGUGGUCGCAAAGGGCGCCUCCACACGAAGAUGUAGAAACUCUGAGGGAAGCACUCGCUAGGGCUGCAGACUCAGCCACUGCUGCCACGCACAAGUAUGAAAAGGCGAAACGUGCUCUACGCGAAUGGCGACGUACGCGUUCAAUGGUGCGUGCUCGUGAAGAAUGGUGGAGCAAUACGUUGCGAGAGGCCCACAGGGAGUACGCGGCCGCGCUCUCUGCGCUACACGAUCGAGUUGCCAGACUUGAGGUGCUAUUGCUGGAAACGCAGAAAAAGGCAGGUCUCCCGGUAAUGCUACCGCACGAGCCUUCUGCUCGUAGAGAAACUCCACCUUUGCCAAGAAAAGCCGACCCAGAUCCGCUACUUAUCAAUGAUCCAUGGAGCUCAGACAGCGAUCUCUCCGAUCUAUCGCCUAUAGAGGAUGAAUACGCCAAAGUGGAUAAGUCCGAGAAACGUAGAGAAGCACCCGAUAUUGGUGACGUGACAGCGACAACUGACACGGCACCUGUCACGAACGUGCCAGUGACGUCUUCGCCCGUCAUCUACGCGACUGUAACGAAUGUGACGUCACCGCCCGUAACGCACGUGUCGGCGUCAAACUCUACGCUUGUCACGAACGUGGCUGUUACAACUGCGCAUACCACAGUCACAGAAACUAUGAGUGGAGGCAGUAUAUGCACAAGCGUGACGUCAGCUAGUGAAGGCGGUUUGUCCCGCGAAUUAGACGCGGCCGUACCACGCUCGUCGUUACUGGACACGUCCGUACACCGCGCCCGGACUGAGAUCGCCAGACAUAGGCACCACGCGCCGCAUAGCCACGCAUCGCAAUCGCCGCAUUCGCUUAGCAAUGCCAGUUCGUAUGACGGCUUAGACGACUCAUACAAUGACUCGGCAGAUGAGUCUUUGAGCGAGUCCACUUCUGGAGCACCACCGCACGCAUCACACGUAUCUCGCGAUAACCGUCAAAGCUGUGGUAGUUCCGUGGGCAGUGCUACAGAUGAUGGGCUUUAUUCACGAGAUCUCAGACACCAUCAACUGACGGGACCCGCCGCGUCUCUCGCCGAGCAGUUGAAGCAAGUGCUGGCUGAAAGAGAACGACGACUAGCAGGUUCCUCGCCCCAACCGUCCCACCCCGUGGGGCAUGGGACUCACCCAGGGGGCCAUGGGCAACAUCUGGGGCAUCAGACCCAUUCUUUACCCCAUCCAGAUCCCGUGCAACUGACUAACGAACUCGUCGAUGAAAUACGACAGGCCGUUAGUGAAGCGAACGCUAGAGUGAAGAAAGCUCCGACUUGUGUAGUGGACGGCGAAGUGUGGGAGCCGAUCUCGACGGCGGUGAGCGAGGCCAGUCUUUCGCCGCAGCCUCAUCCCACGCCCGUUAACCUCUGGUCCAAACAACAGGUCUGGCAAUGGGUUUCUAGUCUUAGCGAAGGCUUAGAUCGUCACGCUGGCGCCUUCGCCACACGUGGCGUUGACGGAGCCCUGCUUUUGACCCUGGCCUCUGCAGACCUCAAGCUUCUGGGUCUAGGUGGAGACGACCGCCGUCGAAUGAAGCGACGCCUCAAAGAACUUCGCAACGCUCACGAGAAAUACCUAAAAGCCAUCAAGAAAGCAGAAAAGAAGGCAAAGAAGAAGUAG